UGAACACACCGGCGUUCUAGAGUACUAAGCGGUGAGUGACAGUCUUGCUCCACGGUAGCCGCUCCGCUCCUCUCCACACUACGGCGACAAGAGCGGAGCCGAGCAGAGCUGUGUGGGGGGGCAGGCGGUCAGAGAGAGAGAGAGACAGGCAGCGUGUGCAGCGGGAUGGGCUCUGCACUCUGUGAUGUGCAGUAAAUGGGAUUAAACCGCUCAGACAGCUCUUGGAAACACUGUCAGCAGCAGCAGCAGCAGCGGUAGUAGUAGUGGAGAGAGUAGGAGGAGCUCCGUGCCGAGCCGUGCCGCAUGUGCUCGCUCGUGUGCGCCUGGAAAACUUGCGCUGCUCCGUCCGUCUGCGAGCGAAAACAACCAAGAGAAGAGGAUAACCAAGCGUAGCUGCAGCCGCAAACAAACCCUGGCUCAGGUUUAACCUCCAGGACUCAGCUGUAGCAGCAACCCCAAACCGACCUCUGCCUCCCCUCUCACGUCGGUGUGGGAGAGAGGGAGGGGAGCGGGGCCGGGGGAUGUUUGAAUUACCUCUCUGAAACUUGCAGAAAUACUACAAUAGCAAUAAAAGAAGUCGCGUUUGUUUGAUUUUUCUUUGGUGGGGAUUAGAGGAGACAUUUGGCGUGUCAUGGAGAGCCAAGCGGGCGAGCACCAGAGCUGCGAGGACGUGCGGAAGAGCGGCUACCUCCGCAAGCAGAAGUCCAUGCACAGGCGAUACUUCGUGCUCCGCGCCGCCUCUGAACGCGGCCCGGCCCGCCUGGAGUACUACGAGAGCGAGAAGAAAUUCCGUGGCAAGGCCCCCGUCCCGAAGAAAGCCGUGGCGCUGGAGCUGUGCUUCAACAUCAACAAGCGGGCCGACUCCAAGAACAAGCACAUGAUCGUGCUGUACACCCGGGCCGAGAGUUUCGCCAUCGCCGCGGAGAACGAGGCGGACCAGGACGAGUGGUACCAGGCCAUGGUGGACCUGCAGUGCAAAAGUAAGAACCCCACUGACAGCGGGGCUGCUGGGGAUUAUGGAGUACCCAAUCCUGGGCCGGCAUUCAAAGAGGUGUGGCAGGUGAAGGUGUGGCCCAAAGGCCUGGGUCAAGCCAAGAACUUGGUGGGCAUCUACCGCCUUUGCCUGACUGAUAAGACGGUCAACUUUGUAAAGCUAAACUCUGAUGCUGCUGCUGUGGUGCUGCAGUUGAUGAACGUCCGCCGCUGCGGGCAUUCAGAAAACUUUUUCUUCGUGGAGGUGGGACGCUCCGCUGUGACAGGCCCGGGCGAGUUCUGGAUGCAGGUAGAUGAUUCAGUGGUGGCCCAGAACAUGCAUGAAACCUUGCUGGAAGCCAUGAAGGCCCUGAGCGAAGAGUUCCGGCAACGCAGCAAAUCUCAGUCAAACUCCGGCCCUGGAGGAGGUGCUACUGCUUCCAACCCCAUUAGUGUUCCCUCACGCCGCCACCACCCAAACCCUCCUCCCAGCCAGGUAGGCUUCACCCGCCGACCCCGAACUGAGCCUCCUGGAGGAGCUAAUGGUGGAGCAGGGGUCAGCAGUGCCAAUGCUUCUCCAACCCCACGGCAUAGCUUUCCAAGGUCUCGCACUGCCAGUGAUGGGGGGAAGGUUGAAGAAGGGAUGGCAGGAACUACACCGCUCCAAGGGCCGAGCUCCAGCCCCUCCACCAAUGGCUCCUGCUCCACAACCCCAAUCCUCAGGUCGAAGUCAGCCCGUUCAGCACCUACCACAGCUGCUAAAACUCCUCUUGGGUUGAUGCGCUCAAUCUCCACCCCAGCACCCUCCCCAGCUCCAAGUCUCUCCUCUAGCUCUGGGCAUGGCUCUGAGUUUGGAGGCAUAGCGUCCUCCACUGGUGCUGGUGCGUCUGGUGCCUACAGUCGUGUCCCCUCCCAUCACACAUCUAUCUCGGGCUCACCCAGUGACUAUGGCUCUUCAGACGAGUAUGGCUCUAGUCCUGGGGAUCACACUCUCCUCCCCUCCCCUAGCCUCCCUGGAAGCUCUGUUGGUAGCGCUGGGAGCCAGUCACUUGGUGAGGAGGGAGCCAACUAUAUCCUGAUGGGCCAACGUAGUGGUGGUGGUGGUAGUAGCAACAGUAAUCAAGGGAGCUUAACAUCCAGCUCCCUACCAGCACCAGGAACACCAACUUGUGGCUCUCAGUCCCAGACCAGGAGAGUCCUGCGGCGCUCCUCCAGCCGUGAAUGUGAAGCUGAGCGUAGGUUGCUAAGCAAGCGGGCUUCAUUACCUCCGAUGGCCCUGGAGAGGCUGGCCCCAAGACAGCGCAGAGCUGAGGAACCAGCAGAGGAAGAUUCAGCUGAUUAUGCCAUCAUGUCAAGGAGCACCAGCCGCGAGUCUUUCACUUCUACUUCUUCUUCUACACAGAGGGAAUCUCUCAUGGGUGGUGGAUCAGCAGGGGGAGGAGGGGGGUAUUUGGAUGUGGCGGGUGAGUUCAAAAGUGAAGGUGGUGGAGGAACAAGUGGAAGUGUAGAUUUAGGUGUGGACAAUGGGUACAUGUCCAUGUUACCUGGCGUCACUCAGCCUCCAGUGUCCUUGUCCCAGUCAUUGGCUGUUUCUGUCCCAGACUCUGAUGCCAAACCUGCUGAUGAUUACAUGGCCAUGACCCCUAACAACAGCGUGUCGCCUCCACAGCAGAUUAGGCCUCCACCAACUUCUGAUGGCUAUAUGAUAAUGUCCCCCAAUAGCAGCUGCUCUCCUGACCAGCGUGGAGGUCUCUCUGGUGUUGCUUGGGUGGGCAGUAGCAGUGCUGACAGCAGGGCAGGCAGUGACUAUAUGAACAUGUCUCCAAUCAGUGCACGUUGUGUAAACGGUAGCCCCCCACCUCCUGACCACAUCGAUCAUUUGGAAACCAGUUCUCAGCAGCAAGCCCCCAAGAUGGUGUAUUCUUAUUAUUCCCUUCCCCGUUCUUACAAACACAACCCAACUGGUGGACACUUUGACGAUGGACUUGGACGAGGCAGAAGGCCCAAUGGCAAUUGUAGUAGGGGAAUGAGUGUAGGUAGGACUAUGGGAGGGUGUCAAGAGCAAUCGUCAGCAGGUAAUUCAAUGGUUGGACGCCACCUGUCACUCUCCUCCUCCUCAUACUCCUCCAGCUCAGCCAGCAGUGAGAGCCUUGGAGAGAGCGAGGACAGAGCUACCCAGACAGUGAGCACCAUGGCUGGGGCAGCUCAGUCCAAAGAUAGAAGUAAGCUCCAGCAGAGACGGGGCUCUGGUGGAUUGUCCAAGCAGGGUAGCCAUACUAGAAGCAGACCAGUUAGCCUGUUUGUUGAUGUAUCCAAGGCUAACACCCUUCCUAGAGUCCGUGAGAACCCCCUGCCCCCAGAACCUAAGAGCCCUGGGGAAUAUGUAAGCAUUGAGUUUAAGGGGGAGAAGUUCAGCCAUACUGGGAGUGGAGGAGGGUCCGGCAGGGGUCUCAGGCAUGGUUUAUCAUUGGCUCAUGGCUCAAACAGCAAACAUCCUCAACACAGACCAACUUCUUGCGUAGGCAACUUUAUCCCCCUCUCCCGUAGUCCCUCUGCCCCCAUCACUUCCCCAGCUGCCUCUGAGUAUGUCAACAUGGACUUGGGUCCCUCUCCCUCCCCUUCACCUCUCUCUCUUACGCCACUAGUUUUCCCCUCUUUCCACACCCCUCCCACGCCCUCAACUCUUGCUCAUGCCCCCAAGGCCUGUGAUGAGAGUACUGCUAGCCCUCAGGAAGAGGGGGCCCAAGUUGCUGAGGCACCACUUAGGAAAAGCAGAGAAAGUGUUCCAUCAGUGACUGAGUCUGAGUCCCCAACAUCCUGUGGAGACUACACAGAGAUGGUCUUUAGCUUGAACAACAACACCGUCCCUAGGUCCUCAACCAGUGUCUCUCCCAAAGCCCCUUCCCCCACGAGGACUGAUUCUUCUGUUUCAUCGCUAUCACAGGGUCUAGACUUCCCACUAUCCAAAACAGGAUCCAACCCAGAUCACGGGGCUAAAGUUAUCCGAGCUGACCCCCAAGGACGCAGAAGGCACUGCUCAGAAACCUUCCUUGCCUCACCUUCCCUCCCCACCUCUACCUCUACUUCCUCUUCGUCUGCUGCCUCCUUCUUUCCAGAACACGCCCAAGCUGUGGCCCGCCGUCUUUGGGGGAAUGGUGCUGUGACAGAUAACCCCACUCAGUUUGCCCUCCCUGGACAGCAGUCCCUUCCGACAAACACCCAGAAUUCAUCCACAGAGCAAGGCCUUAACUACAUAGACUUGGACCUGGCCAAUAAAGAGAGCCCCCAUUUGGACCUGGAUGGACCCUCAGGUAUCCAGGCCCCCUCUCGUCUCUUCUCUGUACUGGGUGGAGGUUCUGGGGUCGGUGGAGUGAGUGCAGCCGUUGGCAGCAGCAGCAGCAGCAACUCCAGCCUGAACACUUAUGCCAGCAUCGACUUCUACAAAUCAGAGGAGCUGCGGACUCAUCAGAAUGGAAACAAGGAGGGAAAAGAGCGGAUGGCAACCAGAGGAAGAGACAGACAAAAAAACAAGGAAAGGAGAAAAUGCAGAUGCAAAUGCAAUGUACAUGGCGACCAAUUUAUCUGUUACUAUAAACAAAAUACAGUUUGGAAACGAUUAAUUAUCUUGUCUGCGUGGAUCCUGUGUGCUUUUUUUAAGAUUUCUGAUCUGCUGUAAUUACAGGGACUUUUCCCCCAACAGGCACCAGCUUGUAUAGGAAAAGAGUGUGUGUGUCUCAGGGGUGUGUACUUUUUGGCACGGAGAGCCUAAAGGCUAAAUCUGAACAUCAGUAGUGGGACAUGUGCCAAGAACAAUCCUAAUUGACACUGGUUGUGUAAUAUGUAACCAUGUAAAAAUAACCUCUCAUGGUGUAUAUAAUGAGGAAACGUAGGGGGAGCAGUUUAACGCCAAAAUUUAGUCCUUCAGGAAAUAAAAUGAAAUCAGAAUGAAUCAGCUGCAACAAAUGUGACACCUACAGUUUUCUGCAUGUCUUUUUGUCUGUGUUGAUGGUCUGCGUUUUAUGAGUGUCGAGUUCUGCCAAAGUGUGGGAGACUCUGAUUGCAAUGUGUAGGCUUCCCUCAGCUGUGUGGAUCUUUGUGUGUGCGUGUCGACGGAGGAGUGUCGUGACCUUCAGCAGAAUGUAGUGAAACAAGUCGUUUAUGAAGUGGAGAGGAUUUUCGGGACAAAAUGUUAAUUUAAAUUAAAUCCGCCACAGCUCCCACAGUCUCCUCCAGGAAAACCAUGUGAGAGAAUUUUAUUAUCCGCGAUCCCAGCUGUCCCUUAACUUUAUUUCUUUGCCAUCUGGAGCGGGAUGUGUAUGCCAGUCUCAAAAUAACCUGUAGCCCUUUAAAAUUCCUUUAGCCUGGAUGUGCGGUUAAAAAAAAACACACAUUUAGAUUUAAUCUGCAAAUGAAUUUAGUGCUUUUAAAUCUAAACUAAAUUUUGUCUUGCUUCCGUUCACAGAAGCGGGACUGUUUACAUUUGUCUACUGUUGGCUAAUUGGGCAAAACUCGUGCAUACCUGACUAACCAGAUAAAUAUCUACAGUCUGUGUGUGUGUGUGUGUGUGUGAACUCCCUCUUAAUGUCUAAAACUUUUUAAAAAUAUUCUCUGCUUUCAGUCAGUUUGUGCAUUAAUGUGCGUUAAUGCAGUGAAGUUAAACUGUCAGAUACAGAUUUAAAGCACAGAGAAAGUAUGAAUCAGUAACAUCCGAUAAAACUUCUAUAAAUAUACAUUUAUAAACCAAAAUGACAAGCUUUAACUGCAUAUAUGUGAACGUAUGUUGACAUUGACCCCUCCUAGUAUUUUAUUGGUUGCACUUCUGGGCUUCAUGAUCCAGUUGGCGGCUGGUUGGCACGAUCCCACCUCCAUGAGGGCCAGGAAAAAAUGUAAACGUUCACACACGGCCAAAUCCUCUUUAGCAACCAAAUCGCGUCCGUCUUCCACAUUGGAAGCGACACGAAACACAGGCCCUGUCUGUUUGUCUUUCUCUGCGAACUGGAAAUAAAAGACUUUGACUGCAGUUGUUAACAUUGGGGAAUGACAGUUUUAUAGGUUUUGGUUUAUUUUGGUUUAUUACAAGUGGGUCUUCUUUCAGCUUUUUAGUUAUGGUGAUGAUUUGGGAAGAUGACAGCGUCACUUCGAUGAUGGGAAGAGAAGCGCAGGCGUUCACAUGAUCAGACAAGUCAGGGAAAUUAAGACUCAAGCUGUCGUAAAUCAGAACUGCCCUUUUAAUUAUUCUGUUAUUAAAUUAUGAAGAAAACUGUAUUUAAUGAGUCCACGCUCUAACAAACAUAUUCAUUCAUUCUUGUGCAUGUAAAAACCCACAGUUUUCCUUAUGCUGCUUUCCUUGCUGGUUGUCAUCCAGGGCAACACUAACAGCACUAGUAGAGUUAUGUAAAACCACUAUGCAGAACCACGUGGACGGCACAUGACCCCCAAAGAGGGUGAGGCUCAGGGCACAAUGUGUGUGUGUGUGUGAUGUUUAUCUGUUGUGCCUUUUUAACCUGGUUUGUUCCAGUGCAGCAGCACAGUGACACACAGAUCUGCUCACAUCCAUGCACACAGAUGUGAAGGAGUGAACACAUGGAGGACAAAACCGAGGUUCAUAUAUAAAUCUUGCAAGUUUUUCAGUUUAUAUAUUUAUUUUCCAGCAGCUCUUUUCUAUUAAUUUGACCCUCACAGUCUCACAUUUUAACUACUCAUUAGCUCUUUCCUGUUCGACUGUUGUAUAAUCGACUGUAUGGAUGUGAAAAACAGGGCGAGGUGGGAGGUGCACCCCUGCAUCUUAUGAUUGCAUAAUCCAUAUUAAGAUGGCAAUUAGCUCCAAUUUCCACACAUCGCAAACCCGUGCUUUCUUCAUUAGCCUAAUUACAGCAUUACACAACUGAUCUGCCCUCACAGGAAGAUGCAGGACAGCCAAGACGGCAGAGAGGCCUGAAUGCAUUGACUCGUCCGUAUGAGUAAACGAAAGCCACAUUUCUGUGCUCCUCAGGUUUCUUUGGAUCAUAUCACAAAAUGGAGGAAGAGAGAAAGCACAGGGUCUAUUUCGAGGGGGGAGGGGGCAGUUUGUUUUUGUUGAAGUCAAGGACAUGCAGUUCUCUGAAGUCCAGUUGGCUUUGUUUGGGUGGUCUGUCCAACCCUCCUCAGUUUGGGUUUUCAGGGAGUCUUGAAGGUUAUGUGUGUACACGUGUGGAGGAGGCUCGAAGGCUGAGGCGUUUUGGACCACGUGAUGAGGUCAUCAGCGUGAGCAGUGGCGGCGGCGGCGGCAGCGUCGUCCAGCACAAGGCCGGAGGCGUAAUCUGAGUUGAACACUGAUACGUGCACACACUCUCGAAGCGGCCACACACACGCACACACUGAGCAGAAUUCAUCAGCUGCAUGUUUUUUCUUCAAACCUGUGUGAGCCAAAGCAGAGGCCACAUCUGACGGCAUCAUGGAAGAUCUAGUGUAUGAAAAUAACCUGCUAAAUAAGUAACAGCCACUGCACAACAGGGCUGGAAAACACCUGGAAAACAGAUGCUGUGAAGUAAGCUUAGUGUAGUGAUGUUUUGGGUCAGAGUCUUUGCUUCUCCUUCAUGAUAUCUGAAGUGGAAAAAGCUUCUCUUCUAACCUUGAAACUAUUUUGUUUGUAUCAGGACAAUUUUUUUGUGUGUUCUCAGCUCAGCAAAGUGAACAAACUCCUGGCUUUUGGCAUGAACGUUCCUCAGAAUUGGCAGCAGGUUUGAAUAGCUGCACCGGUGCAGGCAUGUCAGCUCAGGUACAAGUGAAACGAUGAAAUACGAUCGAGGAAGACUGGCUUGACUGAUUUAUCUGCGAUUUCAAAGGCUUAUCAGAACACCUGACGGGAGCUUAUAUUAUUGCGAGGAAGUAUGUUCGUUCCAGCAGUCACCGGGUAAAGACACACGGCCGUCACAUUUUAAAGUCAUCGAUCUCGAAUGUGCAAUCCCUUGUUUUUUGAUUGCCAAGUUGAACCCGGAUGAACGUGUUUUCUCCUUCACCAGAGACGUCUUCCCUGUGCUGGGAAAUCCAACAGCUCCAAAAAGAGACAAAAAAAAAAAAAUCUAAUUUAUCUUCUUAAUGAGUAGGAACUGAUGGUGUCAUUUAAAGGAAACGUGGUGCCUUCAGAGGGAUGAGAUGUCAGGACUUGCCAAUGUCUCUCAUCGGAUCAUCAUCUGUAAUCAGUAUUGAAUUAUAACUCUUCUUCUGUCUCGAUGGAAAAUUUUUCUCCCUCUGCACGUGGCGCACGUGCGUGCGUAAUAUUGACCGCCGUCCCUGCGUAUUUGCUUUCAUACUGUUACUGUUUACCUCG